AUGGCUUUACUUAUUUUUGGAUUGGUGUUAUUUCCUAAUAUGGAGAAGUUAAUUGAUGCAGCAGCUAUUAGCAUGUUUUGGGCCGUCAAGGUUAAGAAUGAAGAUCCAGUGUCCGCACUCCUAGCAGAUGUUUAUCACACCUUGCACUUACGCUUUGAGAAGAAGGGAGGACUGAUGUUAUGUUGCAUACCACUCCUUUACCAAUGGUUUGUCUCUCAUGUGUUCAAAGAGGUUGAUACAAUUGAAAAGAUGGGUGGAUAUGAGUGGUCUCAAAAGCUAGUAGGACUCACUGAAAAUACCAUUAUUUGGUAUCCUCAUGGUUUGAAUGUGGAAGAUACAAUUACUAGUUAUGGAGAAUUUCCGAAUGUACCAUUAAUAGUGUCAAAAGGGUGCAUUAACUACAACCCUAUUUUAGCAGUGAGGCAGUUGGGUUAUCCUAUCACAUACAAGCCGGAUGACCAGUUGUUAGAAGGUUUUGUGUUCCAUGAUAUGGAUGAUCUUGUUAUGUUGAUAAGGGUUAUCCGAGACUGGGAAAAAGUUCGCUUCAGAGGACAAGACAAAGGAAAGGGUGUCAUAGGGUAUAAAGAACCCUAUUAUCAAUGGGUCACCAGAAGAAGUCAAGAGAUCAAGCUGACAUUCAUCCUCGAUCCUCCAACGCAACCUCCACCACCAGAACCCAUCCCUGUCUCCAUGGAAGAAGUGGAAGCGUUGAGAGCUACUAUAGCAAGACUUGGACGAGAAAAUGAAGAGCUACAGACCAGCUUCCAACAAGUUUCAAAUGAAAGAAAUGAAAUAAAGUGGGAACUAGAGAGGAAGAAGGCUCAGCUAGAAGCGACUGAGGAAAAGGUCGACAAGGAAGAACGCAAGAGAAAGAAAGUGAAAGUAGGCAUGGAACAAGCUGACCACUGCCUAGAAACCAUUAAAGAGCAGUUGAGACAAGUUGAGAAAGAGUGCCAAAAGAAUAAGCGAUGGUGGCUACGAGCUACAGAAGAGAAAAAAGAAGUUAGAGAGAUAUUGGAGGCUAAGAUACACGAUCUCACUAUCUCCCUCCACAAUGAUGAGACCCAAGCCGAGCACGAGCGCUGA